CGCUUACAAGUUUGUGUACAACGGAAGUAAAAACUUUUGCUUUUUUUUCUGGGGGAAUUCAUUGGAUAAGUGAUGUUAGAGAAGAUAAAAAUGCCAUCUUUAAUAUGGGGAUGGACUGAACUGUCAACGAUCUGCCAUGUAGUCGAGUUCAAUUAGUUGUGGUGUUAUUUUUUCUUUAAAUACAGAGCAAUCUAUAGAAAUAUAUAAGAAAAAAUCUAUAGCAUAUUAAAAAUACAGACGUCAUGAAAUUUGUUGUUGUCAUUUUGUUGCUGGCGGUGGUUGAAACAACGCUAGUUCUUGCAGAUGCCGAUCAUUGGACAACUUGGACUGAUUACACACCGUGCACGGAAACAUGUGGAGUCAACGGAAUCAAAAAGCGCUUUAGAACUUGCAUUGCGCCCAACCAAAAUUGCACGGGCGCAGCUGAACAAAUUUCUCAAUGUAAACGAGUAGAAUGUAAAGCAGUAACUGAAUGCAACUGUGACUGUAUAUUAACCAAUAGCAAGGGAUUUAUUAACUCAAGAUCGAUAAAAAAAGAAGCCAAAGCAUGCACGUGGACGAUCAAUACAAGACCCGGCACAAAGAUCAAUCUUCAAAUAAAAGACUUUUUGAUUGAAAAGGGAACAUUGUUUAUAGUAGGACCGGAGCGAAUAUAUCAAAAAAUAAUAGUGGAAACUGGUACAAAAAUCAAAGUACCGUUCAGCAUAAAGUCCCAAUCAAAUUUGUUAAAUGUGACUUUGUAUUACGAUCAAACCAAUUUUGGCGAUAGGAUGGUCCUAACAGGGACCUAUGAAGCUAUUUCAAGCUAUGUCAAAAAAGUGGUUGUUACAACUACCGUUGCGACAGUCCCCAACAAUAACCAAGAACAAGGUUCAAACGUUAACGUCGCCAUGAUUGUCGGUAUAAGCGCUUGCUUAUUUGUAGUCGUUCUAGCUUCGUUUAUAAUCGGUUUCCGUAAACUUCGUCGCAUGAAUACCAAAAAGGAGGAUGUUUCAGAGGAAGGAGUGGAAGAUGAUUAUUCUUCUGCUUCAAGCUCUGGUAGAACCAGCCGGAACAAAAGACCAUCCCCUCGCAAGACUAGAAACUCUCCAACAGGGCUUGUUCAGUUGCAGUCACGUGAUCUAUCUCCACUAAGAAGAGAUGAGAUCGAACAGCACAGAUUGAUAACGAGUCCAUACGAUCCCGCACAACGAGGAUACCCAGACGGAACCGAAGUAUUUAUUCCUGCUAAUCCAAAUAUAAUGCUAGCAGCAGGGCAAGCCGGUUAUAUAACGCAACAACCAUACGUAAACUGGCCUUUACGACAAGCGUAUACUGACGAGUACCAGCAGGCGCAAAUGACUGAUUUUAUGAUUAAACAAGCCCAAAUCAGUUACACGCCACAAGUAAUGUACGAUCAAUCCAGAUCACAUCAGUAUCCAACUAGUGGCGCAGAAGGUUGAUUUUAUAAAGUUUAGAAGCCGUGUUUGCGGAAAGAUACACAUAAAGGAGUGUCUUAGGAAACUCCUCCUCACGAGCAAAAAGAAUUUUGGUGUUGGUUAGAUCAGGACUUAAUUUAAAAGCUACAAAAGUUAAAACAUUAAUAUUUAGUAAUUUAUAACAGAUUUUUGUAUAUUUUGAACGAAAAUAUAAUGAUUGUUAGA